CGCCCCGGCCCGGCCCCCUGGUCCCGGGCGAGGCCGGGGGCGGGCCGCGCCGGGCGGAGCGGAGCGGCGGGGAGCGGAGCGGCGGGGCCCUGGCUGCGGCCCAGCUUCCUCCGCCGCUUCCUGCCGCCGCUCCCUGCCUGCGCGCCCCGCCGCCGCUCCUAAAUAACAGAUGCGGGUGAAAGAUCCAUCAAGAGCCAACCCUGAGAAAACAAAGAGAAGCAAAAGGCCUAACAGGCCACAGGAUGAAGACUCUUCAGAUGAUAUUGCAGGCUUAACCUGCCAGCAUGUGAGCCAAGCAGUGGAUGUGCAUCAUGUGAAGAGGGCGGUCGCUCAGAGCAUUUGGUCAGUAUGUUCAGAAUGUCUGAAGGAGAGGCGGAUGAGUGAUGGCGAGCCCGUGGCCCCUUCAGACAUCUGGCUGUGUCUCAAAUGUGGCUCUCAGGGAUGUAGUAAGAACUCAGAAGGCCAGCAUUCUCUUAAACACUUCCAAACAGUGCGUACAGAACCUCAUUGCAUUGUUAUCAGUCUCAGCACAUGGAUCAUAUGGUGUUAUGAAUGUGAUGAAGAGUUGUCAACACAUUGCAACAAAAAGGCUUUGGCUCAGAUAGUUGACUUUCUUCAAAAACAUGGUUCCAGGGCUGAACCAAGUUCAUCAAAAAUCAUACGACUCCGUGAAGAAAACAGUGAAACAAGUGAGAUACUGAAAGGCAAAAAUUCUGGUAAUGGUGCAUCAGUUCCAGUUAAAGGAAUAAAUAAUUUAGGAAAUACAUGCUUUUUUAAUGCUGUCAUGCAGAACUUGGCACAGACUCACAUACUGAAUGAACUGAUGUAUGAGAUGAAGGAAAAAGGAACAAAGUUAAAAAUCUGUCACACUUCAGACUCGCAAUUGGAUCCUUUGGUGGUAAACCUCUCUAGCCCCGGGCCCUUGACUUCAGCGAUGUUCUUGUUCCUUCACAGCAUGAGGGAGGCUGGAAGAGGUCCUCUUUCUCCCAAAGUACUGUUCAGCCAGCUUUGUCAAAAGUAUGUAUUAUAUCUUUUUUUUUUUUUCAGUGAUGUAUUUCUAAAUAUGCCAUGUCUGUUAAAAUGUUGUAAAAUUGCAGGGUUUCUUGUUGUACUCCAGGGUUGUACCUGUUUUUCAUGAUGUGUAUGUCCUAGCCCAUAACUGCUAACAUGCAGUGUGGGCUUUCACUUGGGUUUAAGAGGGCAGAAGAUGACGUAAAACCAAAAGAAAAAAUACCAUAACCUUUCAGGUCUUGUUGACAGCUGUAUAUUAGCUUAAAGCCGUGCUAAUACUGCAAGAUGUGUGUAGAUGUUAUGG